AUGGAAGUUGAGUCCAGCAAGGCUGCGGCGGAGGCCGCCAACUCCGGAGCACAGGAAGCACAAGCACCCAUCCCACCACCCGAAUUGGCUGAGGACAAGGAUGCCAAGCUCAGCCUUGCGGACACAAAGUCGAAGUCCAAAGCUAAAGUAACAAAGAAGAGUGAGAACAAGUCGGACAAGAAGGGCAAGCGAACAGAGAAGAUGAAGAAGCCAAAAGAGAAGAGCUCAUCAGGAUCGGACAUCAGUGAAGAUAAUGAGAGCGACGAUGAGAGCAGCGAGAAUGAGCGCGUAAAGAGAAAGAAGAAGGCCAGAGUCACUGCGCGAAAAGCGGCCGAGAAGAAGAAAGCGCAGUUGAAGGCAAAGGAGAAGUCAAAGAAGAGGAAGAGCCGGAAGCAUGUGGACAGUGAUUCUUCUGAGUCCUCUGAGAGUGAGAGCAGCAGCGAUAGCGAAUCUGAGUCGGAGGACGAGAAGGCGAAGCGCAAGAGGAAGGCCAAAGCUAAGGCCAGGAAGAAGAGCAAGAAGUACGAGAGCUCAAGUGAAGAGAGCUCGUCUUCGUCUUCAUCCUCUUCAGAGAGCGACUCGGGAAUCGAGAAGAAGAAGCGCAAGAAGGCCAAGGCCAAGGCCAAGCUCGCGAAGUUGAAGAGCAAAAAGUCGAAAAUUUCCGUCAGCGACUCCUCAGCCUCGUGUACAGACAACGAGGCGAACAGCACCGCCGCCACUGAAGCAACCAGUACGACAUCGACAGACGACGUUGCUAUGAAGCUAGCCGCUCAGAAAGCCGCAAUAACCGCAGCCAUGCAGGCACAAGCUGCACAGAGCAAAACACAACUUGACCUGGCGAGCUUGAGUAAGGCACUAGCGCUCACUGACGCAACGAGUACGGCGACUGCGGCAACGCAGCCGAAGAAGAACGUUCUCGAGUUCAAGCGGGUGGAUCAGGUGUGGGAUUCUAAGAUCCGCGACUACAAGUACACGGAGAGCGUAGAAGACGUGAAGGAUGAGUUCGAUUGUGUGUUCACUGUUCGCCGGAGAUUCGGCUGGGACAAUAAAUACCUGGAGACCAUGAUCGAUAUCAAGUCUAAGGUACUUCGUAGUGUCUUACAGGUCAUCUUCAAGGACUGCAAGAGUGUUAGUCUAGUGGAGGACAAGCCGAGCAUGCACCCACACUUGCUCUUUCAUUACUACGAUGAGAUCAAGACGUAUGUCAAAAAGACACUCAAAAAGCAGCUGAAUAAGGCGAAGAAGCGCAAGGUGCAGAAGGCGAUUCAGCAGCAGAUUAGACAGGGUCGGCUUCUGUUAAAGUAUGUUGAUGAGGACUAUGAGGAGACGAGGAAGGCCCUGAAACCGAUGCUUAAAGCAGGUGAGUACCACUACGUUCUCGGUAGCACCAUCACAUACGACCUUGUCUGGGCUCUCUUUAAGCCCAACACCGUCGCUUACACCACGACGUACGGCAACAAAGACGACCCGCGCUGCUUCAAAGUCGACUACUGCUACGAGCAAGAAAACUGGAUGACCCUCGAAAAGAACUGGAUGAUCGAAGGCCGCUAUCUCGAGUACGACGGCAAGGUUUUCGGUUUUGGAGACCACUUUGUGCCAAUUCGCCAAUUCCGCGGUUCUAAGAAGAUCUCUAACCUAGGCACCUACCCGCUAGAGUUCCACAAGGACCCAGACACGCUCAGGGAGCAGCUUAUCGAGCGCGGCAAGAAGUUCGUCACGCUUCAGGGCAUGAACUAUAUGUUCCAUUGCGGAUUGGGGUAUCUGAAGCAUAAGAAUACAGUGCUGAAGCACAACAUCAACGGCAGGGUGAUGAUCGACCCGGCCAUAUUCAGGAGACUACAUCCGAACUAUCUGCUGUCCUACAUCAAGGCGGACGAGCUUGGCCCAGACGAAGACGAGGACGAAGGAGAAUCUGACUGCUGUGGCUCAGAAUGCGGUUCCGACUCAGAGACAGAGAAGCUACCCAAGAUGCGCACCGUCAUGUGGCGCGACAAGUCUGGCAAGCGCCGCCUCAUUCGAAUCGAAAAGACCGACGACACCGAGGACAUCACUUCACAGAAGCUCGAUGUCGUCGCAAACGAAGAAGACGAGAUCAAGCACAUCUUCUCCGAAGAAGAACUACUCAUCUCCUCGCCCGUCGUUCUGGGGUUCUCCUUCUCCGAGAAACUCUGGCUUGAGUUCUCCCUCUCCGGCAUCAGCGACAUCAAGUGGCAAACCGAAGCCUUCGAAUCGCUCGUGCUCCCCUCGCAGAUAAAGCAGAACCUGAAAGGUCUCGUCUCCUCGCACCGCUUCAAUGCCGCGAAGACUAUCGACGACGUCAUCGUCGGCAAAGGCAAGGGCCUCAACGUCGUGCUGCAUGGUCCGCCAGGCGUAGGCAAGACGCUCACGGGUGAAUCCAUCGCAGAGUUUUUACGCUGCCCGCUGUACAUGGUGUCAUCCGGCGAACUCGGCACUAACGCCGCCCAACUCGAGCGCGACCUCAACCGCAUCAUGGAGAUUACACACGCGUGGGGCGCGAUAUUGCUCCUCGACGAAGCAGAUGUCUUCCUUGAGGCCCGCCAGCCACACGAUAUCCACCGUAAUGCGCUCGUCUCCGUUUUCCUGCGCCUGACGGAGUAUUACCAGGGCAUCUUGUUCCUGACAACGAACCGCGUGGCGACGUUCGAUGAGGCGUUCCAAAGCAGAAUCCACAUGGGAAUAAGGUACGAACAGUUGACAGUCCAGGCGCGGAAGAAGAUUUGGAUGCAUUAUGUUGGCAAAGUUCUUGCUAUGGAGGAAGGAGAGGCCAAGUCGAGAUCCUUUGCAGACACGGACUUCGAUGAGUUGGCGAGGAAGAUCAUGAAUGGUCGACAGAUUAAAAAUGCGGUGAAGACGAGCCAAUCGAUCGCAAUUUCCGAGAAGGGAGUGUUUGGUAUGGACUACGUCAAGCGCGUCAUGGAAAGCCAUGAGACUUUCGAGGAGGACAUGAAGGGCGGGAGGGGUUACAGGGAUGCGAUGAGGCAUUAUACCUAA